GGGCAUGGCCACGAACUCUUCCAUUCUGGAUGUACGAAUUUCUGAUGAGGAUAUUUGGCUUGUUGGACCUUCAGACAUGAGUAGCGAAGAAACAACAGAUAAUGAAUGUUUCGACCAAGAUGUUAUAGACAAGUGUUUUGAGGAUCCAUAUAUCAAAGAACAUUACACAGAUUUGAAGUGUAUUGGUUCUGGGGGAUUUGGCUCAGUCUAUGAAGCCCGACAUAUAUUAGACAACAAAAAAUAUGCACUGAAAUUCAUUCCAAUUGACUCGCAAACUUUUUCUACAAGAGAGGUUGAAGGUUUGGCAUCCAUGGACCAUAAAAAUAUUGUUAGGUAUCAUACAUCUUUGAAAAUUAAACUUUAUAAACCACUUAAUUAUCCAGUAUCUCUUUUGGACAAUGAGGAGGAUUCCGAUUGUGUAUUGUUUGAAAAUGCAUCAUAUUCUAAUAACAGUGCCUCCGAUUCAUCAAGAGGUGAAAGAAAGGGAAAAGCUGAGAUUUUAGAUAAAUUGGCAGAAAAUGAUGAGGAUUCUGAAGGUAUAACAUUUGAAAAAGAAAAUUCCACAAACUCUAACAACAAUGCUUCAACAUGCUCCAAGUUAGAAUCAUCAAGCUGUAAAAGAAAAACUGUGGCUUUUGAUGCAUGCUUGGUUGUGAAGACCGAACUUUGCACAGAGAAGAAUUUAAAAACUUUAAUCGAGAGUGGUGAAAUAUUUAUUGAAGAUAGAAGGAGACGUAAUCUGUUCCUGGAUAUCAUUUUUGGUCUUCAGUAUAUUCACGACAAAGGUUAUAUGCACCGUGAUAUGAAGCCACCCAAUAUAUUGAUUGACGUUGAUGGCAGAGCCAAAAUUGGAGAUUUUGGCUUGGCUAGGAGAUAUAUUGUGUCUGUUGCUGAGGUGGGCUCUCCAUCUUCUGAAAAGGAUAGAAUUUGUUUCACCAAACGUAUAGGGACACCUACAUAUGUUGCUCCAGAGGUGUUAAAAAGCAACUGUCCCUAUGACAAAAAGGCCGACUUUUAUAGCAUUGGUAUUAUUCUGUUUGAAAUAUAUUACAAAAUGGGCUCUGGAAGUGAAAGGGCUGAUACUAUACAAAAACUCAGAAAUCAAGAUUUUGCACCAUUAGAAGAAAUUCCUGAAAAGUACAAGAAUGUGAGAGUUGUGGUUGAGAGCCUUUUGAGCCAUGAGCCAUCGCUGCGUAUGGAUCUGGAGAGAGUUCUGGAGUUGAUGUCACCUCUCGAACAUCAGCAAAGUGUGGAAAGAACUCGGGUGGCCGUGCAGCCAGUAAGCUUCCCAGAGACAGAGUAUCCAGGUCCCCCUAGGAAACAAUCGCUCAGAAGACAGAUUAGCGAACCUCAUCCCUCCAUUGCUGAAGAUCAAGUUGUACCAAAUAUUGCCAGGAACAUCCAGGUUGAGAAAGGGAAUUAAUUUUUUCCCCUCCCAGACAUUCGCCAAUGCUUUUUGACGAGGAUUAAUUAGACAUCCUCCCUGAUGAGCAAAGACAUGCAUUAAGUGUUGUUUCAAUGCCAGUGUUUUUGUACAUGAGAUGUGGCAUUUUGCUCAUCAUAAAAUUAAUAAAUGUUUUUGAUUAUUUUUUUGUUUGGAAAAUAUGUCCUAAUAUUUUAUGUUCAUGUUUCGGUAUUUAUUUGUGUUUGUUUUGGCUGUAUAUUGCUUUUAGUAGAUAAUUUAUGUAGAUAAGAAGUUCUUAACACACACACACAAAUGUCAAAUGUACAAAACCAUUUAUUGAAAUGAACAAAACCGUACUCUAUAUAUGUUUUAUAUAUAUAUAUAUAUAUUCUGCAUUUAUAAUUCACAGCUUAAAUAUAUAGUAUAUCUAUUACUUUAUCGAAGCAUGUAAAAAAAAAAAUAA